AUGCGAUUAACGUUACAGGUCGACUGUCACUUCAGCAAACACUUCAACAUGGAUAAACACGUGAAAUGUAUUGAGAACGGCGAUAAAAGCGAUCUAUACCGCAAGACGUCUUAUUUGCCGCCAAGGUCUAGGCUAAACCAUGUGGAAGCUGACAAAACAACUUCAAGAUUUGGACAUAAACGGCAGAGACCAGCGAAAGUGGGAGACCAGAAUCGGGACAUAAAAAGUAUAUAUAUCCCCAAGGCAAUGACUGAUGCUCCAUUUUUGCAGCAUCCAGCCCUAACACCUGGACAGAAGCGCUUUCUAUACAGUAUAGCAGAAGCUUACAGUAAAGAUCAUAUGCGGCAGUUGAUACGUCAACAUUACAUGAAUAUAUUACACCGCUGCAUCAGAACAGACCUAAAUCCACAUGUAAAACCAAAGGUGACGACAACAUACAGAACAGAGAGUGUAACAGCACAAGCGGAACACAUCACAAACUCCCAAACCACAACGAUUUUUGGGACAAAAGAACAUGGAAGGAAACUUGUGAUUGUGGAGAAGGCCAAGAAAACAACCUUGCCUAAAAUCAUCAGCCAUCAAAGAGUGUCUUCGAGAUUUCCAAAAACAAACAAAGCUCUGGCAAGAAGUAAGACUGCUGUAGCAAAACCCACAUCUUUGCGAAGAUCACACCAAUGGGAUGUUGACCUCGAGUGGGAGAUGACCGAGAUGGAUUCUUAUCUCUCUAGACGCAUGAGUGGCCUGUCUUUCAAUGAAUCUGAAGAGGACUUUCUGUUUGCUACUUAAAACAUACCAUUUUUAAUCAUUAAAGGAACAGUUCACCCAAAAAUAGAAAAUUCUGUCAUCAUUUACUCACCCUCAAGUUGUUCCAAAUCCGUAUAAAUUUCUUUGUUCUGAUGAACACUGAGAAAUAUAUUUCGAAGAAUGCUUGUAACCAAGUAGUUCUUGGCCACCAUUGCCUCCCAUAGUAGGAAAAA